GCCUCUGGUUUCAGUGGAUGAGGCUCCUGCCGAGUGUCUGAGUCUGAUGAAUGAAUGUUGGAAUGAAGAUCCGAGUAAGAGGCCGAGCUUCGAUGACAUUUUCAAACAGUUUCGGGGCAUUAACCGAGGGAAGAGGGCGAACAUCAUCGACUCCAUGUUGCGGAUGUUGGAGCAAUAUAGUUCAAACCUGGAGGAUUUGAUCAGAGAACGAACAGACGAACUGGAGGUUGAGAGAAACAAGACGGAGAAGCUGGUCGGACAGCUGCUGCCAAAGUCUGUGGCUCAGGCUCUGAAGAAAGGGAGGCCGGUACGACCUGAACAUUAUUCGGACUGCACUCUUUACUUUAGUGACAUUGUUGGAUUCACAACCAUCUCUGCUCUCAGCGAACCCAUCGAGGUGGUAGACCUGCUUAAUGACCUCUACACCAUGUUUGAUGCCAUCAUUGCUACUCACGAUGUGUACAAGGUGGAAACUAUCGGAGACGCCUACAUGGUGGCUUCAGGUAUUCCUAACAGAAACGGGAAUCGACACGCAGGAGAAGUGGCCAACAUGUCUCUAGACAUCCUGCACUCAAUAGGAGCGUUUAAGAUCAAACACAUGCCUGAGAUCAAAGUCAAAAUACGCAUCGGACUGCACACAG